GGCGAGGGGCGGGGCGCGGGCGGCGCGGCGCCGUGAUUGGCCGGCGCCGCGUUCCGAGGCCGUUAACGGCGGCGGGGCCGGGCCGCGGCUCCAAAACAAAGGGCAGGCGGCCCGCGGGGCGGCGGCGGGAGGAUGCCCCGCGCCCUGCCGAGGCGCCAACGGCCGCAGCGCGUCGCGGGCCGCGCCGGGGCCGCCUGAGAGCCGAGCCCGCGGGACCGGGGCCCGGCCGGAUGGGCGCUGCGGGCCGGGGCGCGGACCGCCGGGCGGCCGUUGUGACAUUCUCUCGUCCCAGCAGUGUGGACAGGGCCACACGCCCCGCGCACAACAACGGCUCUUGCGUGCGUUUUCCAGUGCUGCUUUUGUCGGAGAGCCCAGCAGAGCCGCGAGUCUCCCGGAGCCAGCCCUGAGCUGAGUGGGGGGUGCCCAGCAGAGAUGGUGAAGAUGACAAAGUCCAAAACUUUCCAAGCCUAUCUGCCGAACUGUCACCGAACGUACAGCUGCAUCCACUGCAGAGCCCACCUGGCCAACCACGACGAGCUCAUCUCCAAGUCCUUCCAGGGAAGUCAGGGACGAGCCUACCUCUUCAACUCCGUGGUGAACGUGGGCUGUGGCCCCGCCGAGGAGAGGGUCCUUCUCACCGGGCUGCACGCGGUCGCGGACAUCUACUGCGAGAACUGCAAGACCACGCUCGGGUGGAAAUACGAGCACGCCUUCGAGAGCAGUCAGAAGUAUAAAGAAGGGAAGUUUAUCAUUGAGCUUGCUCACAUGAUCAAGGACAAUGGUUGGGAGUAAAGUGAGAACUUUCCAUUGUCUUUCGAAUCCUAUUUUGUGAGAGAAGCUGAGUGUGACGGAAACAGGAACAUUCUGGAUGGCAGCAUCUCUUGAACUUUAACCCCACAGGCCAGCCGUGCACAGGGCUCGACUGGCGCAGGCCUCUCGGCCGCUUCCUUGGGUGGGGCCCCGUCUCCGCACUCUUCACGCACGCCUGUUUCUGGUAUCUUCCAAUGACCUUGACCUUUUUGUAGCUUCUCAAAGCUCUAGAGAAAGACUUAACCAACUGCUGACUGACCCGCCUAGUCAACCUCUUUUAACCUGCGCCUGCAGCGCAGUGUGGCCAUGUUCUUUCAUGUUCCAUGGAAGACCAAACCAAGUCUCUAAAGACCACAGGGACGGGGUCUCUUUAGAGAGCAAGCUUCACCUCUCGCUAUUUUAGGGUAAAGGUAUUGCAGCCCCCCCCCCCUUUCACAAAAGUACACAUCGGUUAUUCUUCUUACAGAUGAACUGUUAAGGCAUAGUGUUCGUUUAAGAUUAUUUCAGGUGCAGUCAACAAAUUUACAUACCAAGAGUGUUUUACUUUUUAGCCUGUUCAAAAACAGAGGACAGCACUGAUAACGUUUUAGAUUAAGCUAUAGGUAGAGAAGUGUCUAGUGGAACAUCUUGUUUACUUAAGCCAGUAGAUUCCUUACCUAGAAAGCAAAUGAGCUAGUCCUUAGGGAAGCCUGUCCCGGGGGCCUGUGGAGGCGACAGCCUUGCGGGGUCUGGUCCCGGGGCUGCGGCCUCCGUGGCGACAGCUGGGCCAUGUAGUUCCAGAGUCACACACUGGACAGAGAAGUUGGAUUCCAUUUCUACCCUGCUGUACUUGAAGAAAAGUACGAUUUUUGCAUAUGAAAAGAGGCAGAAGCAACAGGAAAAACUUCAAAACUUGAGAUAUGCCAGAUUGGUUUAAGUUUUUUUCAGAAGGAGUUAAAGGUGCAAGACAGGUUUUAACUUUGUAAAUGAAGAUGUUUGGUUUGCUGGAGCAGUCGCCCCUCCCUGCCUGGUGCUGUCCUGGGAGCUGACAGGGGACGUGCAAUCUCGUGUUUUGCCAUCCAUCCCCCUCCUCCACGGGGCAUGGUCCACGAGGGGCUUGAGGCCAUUGCAGAGAAUGGAGGCCAGAAACCACUCCCAGAUGAGGUUUGGGUUUCAACACUGGGUAACCUGACUCGGGGCUGAGGGGUGGGCAGAGGGCUGGGAAGCGCAGGGGCAGGAGACGGGAGAGCCACCAGCUGCUUGGCCCUCAGCCUGGCAGAUGGCUCUGCAACUGCCCGACAGGGCUCCCCUGGGGGCAGCAGGUGCAGGCAGGUGAGGACAGUGAGGAAACGGCCUCCGGCCCCAACUCCAGCCCCCGCCUCCACCCGGACCUGUGGCCAGUGCGGCGCUGGGCUGCUGCCCGGCUGACCCACUGCUCGCCCUAGAGCGCCCCCCCGGGUACCACCUCCGCCACGACGCCAGGCCUUGGGAUGCGGGCAAUGCUGCUGCCCUGGCGCUGUGGCCUGCUGGGCUCGUCACUGAGACGCAUCAGCUCAGCAGCAGCUCCUUUAAGCACGUCUCCAACCUAGCGGAGGGAAAGCUGCGUGCAGCUCGGUGAGCCUCCGCGCCUGGCUGUGGCCCCGCGGCCGCGCCUCCCCGCGCUCCCGCCAGGAGCACAGCGUCGCCUCCUGCUGCCACGCUCCGAAACCUGAAGAGGCUUCGCUCACAUGCUGCCACACGCAGUAGCGACACCUUGGCUUCAGCCUGUACGUGUGGGCCUGCAGGGGCGCUGAGCCCUUCCUGCUCGAGGGACGGGCGCUGCGGUGGGAGCCUGCAGCACACGCUCCCUGCUGGUCUCCGUCCUGUCCGGGGACCCUGGCCUCGGAGGCCUCAGGGGAUGGGGUGAAAUGGCUGGGGAACUCAUGCUGUCACCACCCCGAUGGGCCAUGCGGGGGACAACCCCGUUCCUGAGUGUCCAUAGGACACAUCACUUAAAUUGGAAAGAAUCUUUUAAAAUCCUUCUGACCAAUUUUUGUAUAUACUAAACUAUAUUUAAAGCUUUUAUAUGUUCUGGGCAAGUUUACUGCUCCUUCAAUUUGAGCACUUUGGUCUUUGUAUUGUCUUUGGUGGCAGCAUUGAUUGCAGAUUUUUUACUAGUUCUCUUAUGACUUAUUUUGUAUUUCUUUUUUGUAAUUGAUACCAACAAAACUUUUAUCACUUUUUUGUUGGUCUUCUGCAAAAUACAAGCUCCUUUUUAAACCAAAUGAACUGACCAUGAGCUGGCUUCAGGGGAAGUGAUAUUCACAAGACCAUAACCAGAUGUGCUGGUGAGUGCUGGAAUGUGCCACCCUCUUAAAUUCCUAAACAGUAUCACCCAUGACUUAAAUAUUUAAAUUAUUUAAAAUAAUUUUUCCUUGAAAACAGUGGGAGGUGAUGUCAGGAUUAUAAAUGCAUUUAACUUACACUAGUGUCUAUGGCACAGUGCAUUUGCUUUAGAAAUGUGGUUUAGUUGUCGUUUACACACACACAGUAUUUUUAUACCUUAAUGAUUACUCUUGAUGGCAUCUGUCAGAUAUUAGAAAAGAUCAGAAUGAGAAUUUUCCGAAAAGUCCUUUAAUUAACAUGUAAUUACCUCAUUGGGUAAUUACAAUAGCCAAGUGAUUUUAAUAUCUAGAAAACUAUACAAUUUAAGCUCUAAAAUGACCUACAGAAAUGUAAGCCCUCAUCUGUCAAACGCCCUCGGUUGGGGGGGGGGGAGGGGCGGCAGCAUCUGCCCCGGGAUGAGCACGUGGCCCUGAGGCCUCCUCUCAGGCCACGGGUGAGGCUGGCAGGACGAGGUGGCCGUGGGACCGCAGAGCUCGUGCAGGCCACCCUCAGUCGCACCUCCAGCCCGGCCCCAUGUCUGUGUGCGGUUUACAAAUAAAGCUUCUGAUGUCCA